AAGACUGGACCGGGUGAAUGCAGUCCUCAACGUAGGACACUGCCGCAGACGCUUCCCCAUCAUUUUCGGAGAUAAGAGGACGGUCAGAGUAAUAUUCAUCCACGCAGGGAAGAGGAAUUUGGCUCACCACAACAUUUCCGUAAUUUGCGGGAAGAAAAAUCCUAACAGGGGCCAGGGGGACACGUUCAGACCGCGUUCAAUAGCUUUCGAUAGCUAUCCGAGUGUGAAUGCACAGCUCUCAGUUGGAAAACUCCUUAUUUCUUUGAAAGUGUUGACAGUUUUACCAUACGGCCGUUAUUUUGUGUAAAGCUGUGUGGGAAGCCGCCUGUCCGCCAUGGAGAACGCACACACGAAGAGUGUGGAAGAAGUUUACAGUUAUUUCUGCGUCAAUGAAAGCACAGGACUUUCCCUGGACCAGGUGAAACGUCAGAGGGAGAAAUGGGGCCUAAACGAGUUACCAGCAGAGGAAGGGAAAUCUUUGUGGGAGCUUGUCCUUGAACAAUUUGAAGAUUUACUUGUUCGAAUUCUUCUGCUGGCAGCAUGUAUAUCUUUUGUCCUGGCCUGGUUUGAGGAGGGAGAAGAAACAAUCACAGCUUUUGUGGAGCCAUUUGUAAUUUUACUCAUUCUUAUAGCCAACGCCAUUGUCGGUGUGUGGCAGGAACGCAAUGCUGAGGAUGCCAUUGAGGCGCUUAAGGAGUACGAGCCUGAGAUGGGGAAAGUGUACCGGCAGGACAGGAAAACUGUGCAGAGGAUCAAGGCCAGAGACAUUGUGCCUGGUGACAUUGUAGAGAUUGCUGGUAGGUUGACCUGUGCAUAUUUAAAUGGACAUAGCGUGGUUGGUAUUGUUAUUACUGGUUUAACUUUAAUCUGCUGUUAUACUGUUGUAUAUGUUCCUUAGACUAACUGAAGUGUGAAAGGUUUAGUUGUCUGUUUAAUUUGUAAACUUCUCUCAAGCAAAGGAAACAUCUAGAUGUCACAUGAAUCUUGAAAUUCACAGAAAAAUGCCACUGCAGCUUCCAUUAAGACUGAAAUGGUUUUUAUGCUGUUUGUAUGUUAUGCAUGUUUGUUUUGGUUUUUCGGAGAUCAAAUGAGAGAUGUGGUGUUUUAAUGAUAAUUCUUCGCUGCUCUUUGGCUCUGCCUCAGGUAAAGCCUACAGUGGACAGAUCAAAUGAGUACAGGUAUGGUCAUGGAUCAAAUUUAGCACAUGCUUGAGUUAAAACCUCCCUCAUCACCAUGUGCCACUGCAGAGGUGACUCACCCUGCAGGAGUGAUGUAUUUUGAGAUGUUCUUAUUAACCCAUUGUCUCAAAGGGAUGGGCGCAAAUGCUAUUAAGGCCCAACUGACCCUUUGUGCGUGUGUGUGUGUGUGUGUGUCUCCUCACACACACAAGUUUGAGCUUACUCAAACAACAUGCUGCUACUGCAUCCUCACAGCUUGUCCCAACUCAACAGUUUCCCCACCCCCCCCACCCCCAUGCAGUAUGUGAACUAAGCGCUGGAGUGAUUCAUGCUGCUGAGAUGCAGUCAGCGUAUUUCAGCAGCUGAAAUCCUCAGGAUGUAAAGCAGAGGGAUGAACAGAGACAGAUGUAUGCUGAAGUCCUUGGAACAACUUGCAUUAUCUCGAUACUCUGUUUAACCCUAAACCACUUAAGUGAUGCGUUGUUUUUUUGUGCAUAGUGGUAGGUUUUAUUUUUAGCUGUCAUGGGACAGUUAGAUUAUGGAAUACUGUAUUUAUAGAGUCGUAAAGAUGACAGGUGUC